UCUGUAACCAGACUCUGGUUUUUCUGACACGUGAGUUCAUGUCUUUAGUAGGAUUUCAUGUGUUUUUUCUCCUAUUUAUUUGAUUUGUUUGUUUAUUUGAAAAUUUAAUUAGUAAGAUAGUGAAUAUUUCAAGAGGAAGCCUGCGUUGACCAAAGUAUAUGAUGUCUCAAUCAAGUCGAUCGGCUGUUAACCAGCCAUCAAGUUCGGGAUCACAAAAGCCUGUAAAAUUGUCCAGCAAAUUACAACCUGGCAAGAUGAAAGGUUAUCUUGACCAUCAGAAUCCAAUCGAUUCUUUUAACGCAAUCCAAGAAGAUUACAUUCGAUUACAAGAAAAAGAGCUUGAUGCUAUAAGAGUUGUCAAAGAUGGUUUUGAGAAAGACAAUGUUCCUGUGAAAAAAGUUAUUGAAACUGCUGGCAAAAAAUGGUUCAACUUCCCAGCAAAUGACUCUAAAGAACUUGAAAAGGAUCUUCAAAUGCUUAGAAUGAGAAAUGCUCUUGACCCUAAACGCUUUUACAAGAAACCUGAACAUAAAUCUGGUGUCCCUAAAUUUGUACAAGUGGGAACAGUGGUGACAGACGCUCAUGACUUCUACGAUAGAGCUACUAAAGUCGAAAGAAAACAAACCAUUGUCGAGGAAAUGCUAGCAACCAUUGAAAGUAGGAAAAAAUUGAAGAAACGAUUCAAAACUGUGAAACCUUUGAUUGCUAAAAAGCGAAGAAAACAUUAAAAAGUAAUGUAAUUUAAGUGCAA